AUGCAAAAUCAAAUGGCCGCACCUCAUCCCCCCUUCGGCUCGCGCUCAGCCUACGCUGGAGCAGGUGCGAAAUUGCCGGAACGACCGAAUCCAGUCCCAUUUAGCGCGUCAGCCUUUUCACGAAACAGAGGAGUUCUCGGCGGUAUGAAUAACAACAAUACCAACACAGAUUCAACGCAGCAACAACCACCACCACCACCGCAAUCAUCACAGUUACCGCCAGUGCCGCCAACACAUUCUCAGAAUCAUGCUAGUGCAGGGACGAUGAUGGGGGCUGAUGCUGGUAAUAGCGGAGUUGCGAAUCCGUUGAGCCGAUUAACAGAGGAGCAACGGGAAGAGAUUAAUGAAGCUUUCACACUUUUUGACCUGGACCGCGAUCGACAUCUAGAUUAUCAUGAACUCCGCGUAGCUCUCCGAGCCCUCGGUUUUACCCUUCCAAAACAAGAGCUCAUCUCCCUCCUCACAACAUACGGCGUUCCACGACCUCAGGUCCAACAACAGCAACAACAACAACAAGGACAAGGACAAUCACUACCUCACGCCAAUAAACCAAAUAAUAACAAUAACAAUCCACCUCCGCAUCCAUCAUCCCUUCUAAUGCCACUAUCAGCCUUCCAAACUGUCACAGCCCACAAAAUCCUUGAACGAGAUCCGCGCGAAGAAAUCCUUCGAGCAUUUGAGUUAUUCGAUGAAGGUGGGAAGGGAUACAUUGACCUUGAAGAUUUGCGUCGUGUAGCGCGGGAAUUAGGAGAAACUGGUCUAGAGGAAGAUGAGCUCAGAGCAAUGAUUGAAGAAUUUGAUCUUGAAGGUGUUGGCGGUGUUACGAGGGAUGGGUUUUUGAGUAUUUGUUGGCAAUAACUUUCUUACGUUUGCUUGUCUUGUCAGUUUCUUUUUCUGGUACGCUUUUGAUUCUAUCUAGAUUCUAUUGCAUAUGGCUGUACUCUUUCAUUGUCAGAUUGGGCUUUGGGCUGUGAUUGAUUCUGGAGCGAGGGUGUAGUUUAGUCAGUCGAGCGUAGAUUCGUUGUUUCAUAUAUACAAGUGUAUCGUCUGGGUG